AUGAGCGGCGAGGAGUUUGGGUACACCAGAAGGGACCCGCGAGUCCUCAGACGGGCCUGUGAACACCCUAUGCCCCUAAAACUCGGAACCGAGCCAGAAGGCGUGUCAGGACGAAGCGCAGGAGGUUUUUCUGGAGUAGGAGUUAUGCCGGAAACCGGAAGUGCCCAAGCUAACGUACAACAACGUCCAGCUCCGGAGACCUCAGUCAUUCGGGACACUUCAAACUCACCAAACGUUGUUCAGUAUCACUACAAGUCUCCUCAGUCUAAUCGAAAAGAAGAAAUGAGAACAGAACACCUGACACCCCUAUCUUCGCAAGACAGAAGUCUAAUCACAGGAUUAUCAAACCUGUCAGUGGACAAAAAUGUGUUUGAGAAUUCAGAAGAUCUACCACAAGUGUUCCAAGUAAAAUACCUGGGCUCUGAAGACGCACGUGGUCUCUGGGGAAUAAAACACACGCGAAAGCCAGUUGAUAACAUGGUAGACUUGGCGAAGUCAUUACCGACAGGCUCGCUCCCGCUGAUGAAACUGAUCGUCUCGACGGAAGGUGUGACUCUUGUUCCCUACGCAAGAAAGGCAGAAGGCACCAACAUUAUCCGCAAAAUUUACCCCAUCGAGACGAUAUCCUACGGCGUGCAAGACCUAGUGUACACUCGCGUCUUCUCGAUGAUAGUCGUCCGCGACUCGGGAAAUUUUCGUAAAAUUUCCCCCUUCGAGUGCCACGGGUUCGUGUGUGAGUCUAAAUACCACGCUCGGCAGAUGACUUACGCUUUGGCAACCGCCUUCCAAAUUUAUUCCCACGCCAUCAAGGCGCUCAAAGACGGGAAAGUUCCUUCGGUUAAGAAAUUCGCAAUUGAUCUUCGGACUCCUGAGGAAAUCGAGACCGAGCUGGCUCGUGACUCCGAAGCGUAA